AUGUCUUUCGCUGCUCGCAACGUCCUGCGGCUGUCCCGCGCCGCCGCGCCCGUCUCGCGCCUCCAGGCCACCACCAGCCGGGCCUUUUCCGCCACCGCCAUCCAGCGCGUCUCCGACACCACCAAGAAGAACAACGUCGUCCGCGAGAAGGAGGUGCCCGCCACCAUCUACGACGGGCCCGGCUCCGGCGACAAGCGCACUGUCCAGGUCCCCGACGGUGCCUCCAAGAUCCCCUUUGACAGCCCCCAGCCCCCGGCCGAGAACGAGGCCGUCGAGCCCCUCACGAAAAAGGUCUACGAGACCCUGCCGCGCACCGUCCAGAACAUGACCGUCUUUGGCAAGACCAUCAUCAUCACCGGCGGCGCCCGUGGCCUCGGCAACCACAUGGCCCGCGCCUGCGCUGAGGCCGGCGCCAAGAACAUUGUCAUCUUUGAUGCCAACCAGGAGCUCGGUGACGCCGCCGCCGCCGAGCUGCACGAGCUCUCUGGCCUCCCCGUCUCCUUCUUCAAGGUCGACGUCCGUGACGGCGCCGCCAUCAACGCCGCCGUUGAUUCCGUCGUCGAGCUCUACGGCGCCCCAGAUGUCCUCGUCAACUCGGCCGGUAUUGCCGACUCCAACAUCAAGGCCGAGACCUACGACCCGGCCAUGUUCCGCCGUCUCAUCGACAUCAACCUGACUGGUACCUUCCUCAUGUCCCAGGCUGUCGGCCGCGCCAUGAUGGCCGCUGGCAAGCCGGGCUCCAUCGUCCUCGUCGCCUCCAUGUCCGGCUCCAUCGUCAACUACCCCCAGGAGCAGUCCUGCUACAACGCCUCCAAGGCUGGUGUCAUCCAGUUCUCCAAGUCCCUCGCCGCCGAGUGGGCCAAGUACAAGAUCCGCGUCAACACAAUCUCCCCCGGCUACAUGGACACCGCCCUCAACCGCGUCCCCGCCCUCGAGGCCCAGAAGAAGAUCUGGAAGGGUCUGACCCCCCAGAACCGUCUCGGCAACGUCGAUGAGCUCAACGGCCUUUGCGUCUUCCUCGCCUCUGACUCUUCUAGCUUUAUGACUGGUGCUGAUUGCCUGAUUGACGGUGGAUACAGCCUUUGGUAA